GCACUCUCAAAGUCUACCAGAGUUCAGCAUCUAUCCUGCACACAAGUCGUUCACCUGAGGACAGAGAGGAUGGACGCUGCUUACAAGAGGGUCAAUGGAGACUGCGCACCAGAGGCAGAGACAGAGGAGCCUGGGACCAGGGUAAAUCCAAAUACUGACACUUACCUUGCAAUGUUUGAAAGUCUAAAACUGUCUUUAACUUAUCUGUGGUCUUACAUCAUAAAUAGCAAGUUAUAACAAAUAAUAUUACGUUUUAGAAGCAGCAACAACUACAGUAACUGAGGUAGACAUAGCAAGAAUACCUAAGGUGAGACAUCAGAUAUAGCAGACAAGAGCUGUGGAUGGAGGGCAUAAACUGAAUCAGCUGUUGGUACAGCAAAUACCAGAACAUAUGUGCUUUAAGAAUACACCUGGAGUAUAUUACUAGACCUUUCAAGAAGAAAAACACCAUGUUAUUAUGAAGUUAAACUCCAAGUAUCCUUGCAUUUGAGCGAUUUGAUAUGUUCGUGAUCGUAAAUAUAAAUUUUAAGUGCUAAUGUGUAAAUUAAAGUUAAAGUUAAAUGUGUGUUUUAGAGAUUGAUUCAUGUUUUGGGUUGCUGAUUUGGCAAAACUAGUAAUCUGAAGUCUUAACCAGGGUUUUGCAGGGAAAUAAUGUUAGUUUUGUCUUUUUAUGGCGUAUACAGUCAAGCUGCUAAAACCAUCAACCAAAUUUCACACAUAACACAUCUGAAAGGUAUAAAUUUGAUAAGUGCAUUAUUGUAACUUGCAAAAGUAAGAAUCUGAAAGGUGUCAAUUAAUGGUUCGCUGGACAAUAAUGAUGUUUCCUUUUCUGAUAUUUUACAGUAACAUCAAUAAAUCACAGAAAUGAUCUGAUUUUAGUUGCUUUAUCAUUAAAAGCCCUCUGGUUUCAAAAUGAAGAAACGGUGCACUUCUUUUACAGUCAUGAGAAUCAUUAACAAACUUCAAAGUUUAACUUUUCACUCAGAGUAAAAACUCUUAAAAGUUUAAAAAAUUCUAAGUAUCCAGACAACAUAAUCUCCCUUGCUGCCGCACAUCUGUAGAAGAAAGUUCGAUGUGUUUGGUUGGUAAUUCUGGAUUGUUGUAAACCCUCUCAUGUGUGGAACAUGUGGUCACACCAGCACGGCUGCAGCAGAGGCCUGAGAGGUUAAAGGUGUGAGGGCUUUGAGCUUUGACAUCAAAUGCCUUGAAUGCAGAAAGUCAUGGCUUUCACUCUGGAUUUUAUGCGUAUUUGCUGACACAUGUCUUUGCUUAAAUGCAGGUGAGGUCCAAACGUAAAUCAAACAGAAAUACAGCGACUGACCUAAGCCAAGAUUUACACAUCCUAUUAACCUAAAAAUCUCAGAGGACCAGAUUUAGAGCCUAUAACGUAACUCAUGAUGUGGAUCAUGAGGAGAUCAAGAUAAACUAUAAAAAUGACUUUGUUUAUCACCCCUCCCUCUCUUUCACUGACUCCAGCAGUAACAGUAGCAUAAUCUGCCCCAUGAGGUCCAUGCCUAAGAAAUAAGAAAAGCUGUAAUCUUGUGCACGACAACUCCACAUGUAAGUCCUGUGCUGUUUCCUAAAUCAUGCACUUUCUCUUAUUUUGCAGAAGAGACGGGGCUCCAUGUACCUGGAGGAGGAGACAGACAGGAAGUCGGAAGUGAUCUCCUGCAUCUUCUCCCUGAAGGAGGAGGUCGGAGCUUUGGCCAGGUGUUUGAGGCUCUUUGAGGUAAAUAACUCAACAUCACCUGUAAUCAGAGGAGAAUGAGAAAAGUGGAGAGGGAUAAAACUCAUCAUACAAGGUUACUUUGUGGAUUUUAAACAAGCAAAGAUUUGCUGUAGGUCCAUUUCAAAAGAUAAACAGUGAGGUCACACUUGCAAAGGUUUAAAAUGAAGUGUACAAAAAGUACAAUUUUUAAUGUUGUGUGUACAAAACAUGAACUCGUUAACACAAUUUAAUGAUCUUGUGAGAGCAAAUAAGUUAUCCUGUAUGCACAAUACAUGAGGGCAGCAGUUAUUAUCUUGCACAGACAAGGCAUUAGCUUGGUCUGACUUGACAAUUAUACUGUGCACAACGGUUACUGUAAGGCCUUGUUAGUUAUUUUCAUGCAGGAUGUGUUUUCUUGUGGAAACAAAUGUUAAUAACUUGUGCACACAAGAAAUGUACAUAGAUUUUUUAUGUACUUUAAUUUUAUUAAAGAAACACUGUUUGAUAAGGGCCUUAAUAAUACAGACACAAGAGGAAAUUAAACAGUGACCUACUUCCAACUUAAUCAACAAGAGCAGGAGCAUCAAAAAGCCCUGGUCCAGUUGCUCUCCUUAUCCAGAACAACUGAAAAAAAAAACAUAUUUUUGAUUAUAUAUUGACAUUGAUUAUUAAGCUUUAGAGCUGCUUGAAAACUGGAUUUUUGUUUUCCUUAAGACUUCUACAAAACUGUAUAUUAGCCUCAGGGUCAUGUCUAACAAACAGACACCAGAAAAAGGUGGUAUUAAUCUUGUCUUGCAAGACUGUGAUUAUGUUUAUUAUAUGUUAAAAAAAACUGCUGAAUCAAAAAAAAGAACUAUUUUUCAGUUAAUUUCCACUAAGUAACUAUUUAACAUUACUCCAAUAAGGUAACGGAAACAUGCUCAGUUAGUAUUCUUGAAAUAUCACCUGCAGCAAUCCAAAAUCUGGUUCCUUAUUUCAACAUUUACCAGUAGUUACAUGUCAGGCAGAGUAAGUCAGGUUAUAUAAAUGAUUAUUUGUAGUUUGUCUGCUCUAAUUUCCAUGUUUGUGGCCUGCACUGACCUUUAACAGAGCAAAACUAAACAAACGGAGCUUAUCUCAGAUGUUAGUGUGUGUUUCUUUUUUUUUACGUGCAAAUUGACAGGUGACUCUUUGAACACUGACAUGCCCCCCCCCAGCUCCCCUCACUCCAGGGUUAUCAGUGAUGACAAAAUAACCAAACAAUCAUCACUCACUUGUAUUCUGUUGAAGCCAAAAAACAUUUAAUUCAGUCAGACCACUAUGGCGUAUACAUACAGUCUAUGAUCACAUACAUUUGACACCUCGCAUGGGACCUGGAUCCUACAUUUCCCAUAAUGCAUUAACAAUGCAUUAGUGUCUUUCUAGGCUUCCAGAUAAGGAGAUAAGGAUGUCCAAGAACAUUAUAUUGAUACUCCAUCAAUAGGAUGUUCUUGAGGUAAAUCAGUGCAUGUCACUGCCCUGAAAUGAGCAGCACUGAUUUUGUCUUUUCGAUUAAUAUUUUUUUAAAUGGGAUAUCUCUAAUCUGAAGUAUAUCUAUGUUGCAUGUGCAUGCUGUUUUUAUUCUUGUAUUGAUCGAAGCAGCCUGUGCCUACGUGACAGAAUGAAGGAUUGAAGGGAACACCGACUGGCAGCAUUUCAGUUGUUUAAUCUUCCGCAUGGACAUCACUAUCAAAGGUCAAGUUUGCUCUUCCUACAAGCAAAACACAAGAGACAUGUCCAGAACGUUCUGAAGAGAAAGAAACUUCUCAAAACGUCCCAAAAACAUGUUUUUGGUUUGACAUAUUUUUUGUGGAUACGUUUAUCUUCUUUAGCAUGUGCAUGCUAUAGAGGGGGUGGAGAAGUUUGCUCCAAAUGCUGCUCUCCGAAAGCAGCAGUAAACAUCAGGAGUCUCUUUGAACCUAUGAGCUUGCACUUUCCCAAUCCUCCCCCUGCUCCACCCACCCUCCCCCUUCCUUUUCAGUGUAUCUAUAAAACAUGCCGAAUGACCCCCAAACCAUUAACACCCCCUUUAUGCAAUGCAGCAUAUGCUUAAUAACCUUAAAACACAGCCUGAAUGGAACAUACCAUUGUUCAUAACCAUUUUUUGUGCAUUUUUUGGCAAUCUGAAAAAGAUCGCUCAGCUAAGCCAUGUGAUAAUGUUUAGCUCUACAGCUUUCUGUGUUUAUCCCAGCUUCAUUUCCAUCUUGUCAAUGUAUAAUCGCCAUUCUUUAGAAAGUUGCACCCCAGAACAACAUCACAGUUUAUCCGCUUUGGGACAAAGCGCAUGUGACAGCAGCGGGGUUAUCAUGUGACAAUACAGAGCCAAACACCAGCCUUGACCUUACACAGCAGUCAGGGCUGCAGGAGGGUGAAUGUCAACUGGCUUGCACAAUGGAGCGUGGCUCUAAGGGGUACAGAAAUCUGGCAAAAAUGAUCCCUGCAUCCUGCAUGGUAUGGGAUUUAGGGUUGGCUUUGUAAAGCUAGAUCAGGGCUCCAAAAGCCCAAAUGCAAAAGUAUGUCUUUUCUACGACAACAAAAUAUUAUCCUUUUAAGCAUCACCAACAGUAGUUUGUUCUUCAACCUUACAGAUUCAGUUUUGAGGUCCAAAACAUAUGGCCAGUUUUCACAAUUUGUCAUUUUAAUCACAGAAAAACAAGCUCUUGUUGCACGGCAACAGUGGAGCAGGCUUAUGGAGCAGCUGAAUGAGGGUUUUUGAAGACAACAAUCUAAAAUGUUUAUGUUUAAUUUGACGUCAGCUAUUAUACUGUAUGUAAGAGAUACUCUAAUGCACGUCCUACAAAUUGUUUUUUAUACAUUACAUUCCUGAAUCUUAAUCUCUCUCCAAGACUAACAGACUUGCAGUUAAUUAGUUGGUAUGGUAAAGAUAAAAGCACGUCAUAAAAUGUGGUUAUCUUUUCUCCUAAAUGCCAACCUGGUCAUUCCUGCAGUCACUCCUGGGGGAUGCAGGCCUCAUGGCUCUCAAAGAAAGCUGUUAUAGUACAAUGGGAUCCAGAUGGGAGAAAACGGGAGGCCCUGCUGCUCACACCCUCCUCUUUACUUAGCCUAUGGUAGACAGGGAACAACAUACACCCCUCAAGUUACAAAAACAAAAACACAUUUCGAUGAUAAAAACCACAAGUCGGAGUCAUCUGCAUUUUAAACACUAAAAAAUAAUAGUGAAUUGCCUCCAAUUAGGUCUGGGAACAAGCCAAGGGUCUUGUGCGUAUGCAUCAGAGUGAGAAAAACCUUCAGUAAAUGUUGGCAGUGCAGACCGAUGCAUCCAUUCAUUUAAAGAUUUAGCAGCAAAUGAGUACAACGUGUCCUGAAUUUUUCUUACUUAUUCUGGAUCAGUGUCAAACUGUAGGAAAAAUUUAAAGGCAGUCUGACCCAAGAUCUCGACGGUCAAACCUGAGCUGCAGCCAAGAAUUUAAUAGCAACACAGCGCCCUCUGGUGGUGGAACAUAGAUACUGCUGUAGCCUUUUGCAGCAAAAAUAUUCAUAGUUGGUUACCACAGAUUUGAACUUGUUCUACUUCAACUUUAUAAGGGACAAUAGAAAAUUUAAUGCAAAAUGGAGUGCAGCAAACAAGCCUCUAGAAACAUACAACAUACAAGAUGUUACCUCUCCUCCUCUUACCGCCCCUUUCUUUCUUUUGUUUCUUUGUACAACAGGAUAAGGGCAUCAACCUCAUGCACAUUGAGUCCCGUCCGUCACGUAUGAAUAAAGAACAGUAUGAGUUUUUCAUCAGCGUGGACUCCUCCUGCUCCCAGGCUUUGGAUGAAGUCAUCGACAGCCUGCGCACACAAAUCAGCGGCCACGUACAUGAGCUAUCACGCAACAAAGAGAAGGACACAGGUUAGUGAGUGAGAGGAUCACAAACAUGAAUCCUCUGCAAAACGAAGCAAGUGUUAGAGUGACAUAUACUGAAUUAGUAUUAAAAUGAUAAUCCCAAAUUAGUGUGAGCAGAAUAUUCCACAUUUUCUGUUAAAUCAUUUAGUUAAAACCACAAAAGUGAACUUUAUUUUGGUACCAGAGAAAAAGUCAGGACAUAUUAUGAAAAUUUACCAGAUUCCAUUUAUUUCUGUGCUUUUAAACUAAAUGUUGGACAGUCAGAAAAGUCAUUUUGUUUUUCCCCUUAGAGGAUCAGCAAUCUACCUUUUUUUGUCACAAUAACAUCGCUCAAAAAUUGUCUUAGAAAUUAGUAAAACAGUUGACAUGCCAGUGUUGCUGCAGGGACAGUUAUUUGGAGGACUGUCAGUGUCUGUACAGAAUGAACGGCUAUAACUGCGCUGAUGUCUGGCUUGGAAAACAAUCAAACAAAGCAGAGAUCGGUGUCGCUGAAAUGGUCCAUUUAUCAUCCAAGCAUAGUGCUGUUUGACCCUCCAGCCAGACUGGCAGAGAGACAACCAGAGUCGCCAAUGAGACUGCCGGCCCAUCCCUCAAAUCGCGACCCUUUUAUUAGUUGUUUCCAGAAUGACAUUAGUUUAGCUACAGAGGACCAACAGGCAUGGCAGGAAACAGAGGAGCUCUCUGUCCUGGACCAUGGAGACGGAGGACAUGCUAAGGUCGUGACAGGGAGACAGACAGGGCCACCACGGGUCCUCCUUUGACCUUGGUGUAGACUCUGUGGUCUGACGGUCAGGGUCAAGUGGAUGAGAGGAUAUUAAUGGCCUGUUUUGGGGACUGCCUGUUUAUAGUAGGAGCCUGGCAGGGACUCAUUGUCAUAGUAGUGAGCCUCAGGCUGGACCACACUGCACAAAUGUAGAUUGAUGAUUGGGCCCCAGUGUUUUUGAGCCUCAUAAAUCCACAUGAACAAGCAGAUGACCCUCGAUUGGUGUUCUGCUUAGUGUCAAAAUGCCAAGGCAGUUUAAAAAAUAUCCUGUAGCAUUACUUUUACUAAUGCUAAUCUACUCUGUACCCAUUAUUAGAAGUAAAAAAUUAAACAAAGAUGUUAAACCAAAGAUUCAACGAGCAAAAGUAUUGAUAAAUUCAUAUUUUAAAGCACAGUUUGUCAAUUAAUCUAAAGUCCCACAACAUCUGUUCUUAAAACUCCUGUGAGGAACCUUUAGUUUAUAAGCAGUCUGUGCUUAUCUCUUCAUUUUGACUUUUGAUUCUAAAAUGUAUUGUUUAUUGUGAGUAAAUGAUGUUGAAAUUGCAAAAACUGAGCUGCCUCCUCAGUUGCUUUGUAGACACCUUGAUGGGCGCCAAUAUGUUGCGCUGCCUCCCCCAGUGCAACGAGUCAAAGAUCCCUCGAGUUCUGUAAGUCUGUGGCAGAGUGGGUUCCUGUGUUGGUCAGAAUCAGACACUCAUGGUUAUUAAAGUUCAACGACUUUUUUGCCAUUAAUGUUCAUUACAUCUUUUGCUGUUUGCUAAUGCGGUAAAGAGCGUUACAGGAGCUGCACCAGUCAACAAACCAACAACUGUAACUUUACUAUGAAAUCUGACUGUAAACUGCAGAGCAGUGCAGUUUUAGGUUGCAAAAUUUGUCUUUUUUAAAUGCUAAAGUAGUUUUAAGAAAAGAUGAUAUGCUUCAGAACCACAAAUCUGAUAUAUUCUGUAAAUCCUCACAGAAAUUUUGUUGGACCAACAUUGUAAAUAGUCAAACUGAGCUAAUACAACUGGCAAGACGUAAUGUUACAUUUUUUAGAUUUUUACUUCUACAUUUAAAAAACCUACCAUUAAAGCCUUUUAAUUUGAGUUUCACAGAAUAAGAGAAAAGGCUGCAUUAACUUUUGAUGUGAAAAAAAAAAAUCCAGCAUUCGUGGCUUGUCUUUGCUCUAGGCGGUGUUUACAUUAAACUAAUGUUUCUGCCAUGUUUAAUUCAACAUGUACAUACAAAAGGAAGAGCAUAAUAACUGUUAUUAUUCUGCAGUGCCAUGGUUCCCCAAUGACAUCCAGGACCUGGACCGCUUUGCCAACCAGAUCCUCAGUUACGGCUCAGAGCUGGAUGCUGAUCACCCGGUGAGGGCUGACUCAUCCGUCACAGUCUGUGUACCACAUCCUGCCUCUGCAUGUGUGUCCGCGUGUGUGUUUGUGUGUGUGUGAAUGCGUGUCCACUCACGCCCACAUGUCUUAAUGAAAGCCGGGCUGCGAAGAUGACAGGCUGCACUCUGCUGUCUAUUCUAAUGGAAACUAUCUAGACACACAAAUUGAUGUCAUUGCUUUAAUUGAGCCCCUAUAAUUAUAGAUAAUUGCUCCCUUUUGCCACCGCCAUUAAAGCGAAAUGUAUUCAUCAUAAUCUGAAAAACACUCUACAAAGGCUUCAUUUGAAUAUGUAUUUGCGUGCUCUUAUUACAGACGGAGAGCAUAAUGCUGUCAAAGGCCACAGGGUUUAGCCUCAGCAGAGGAUUUCCACUCUUUGAUUUAGCUAUGAGUGGCCAGGCUGCGAUCAUGAGAUCUAACAUGGCUUUCCUGUGUGUGUGUGUGUGUGUGUGUGUGUGUGUGUGUGUGUGUGUGUGUGUGUGUGUGUGUGUGUGUGUGUGUGUGUGUGUGUCAGGGCUUCACAGAUCCAGUGUACAGAGCCCGCAGGAAGGAGUUUGCAGACAUCGCCUACAACUACAGACAGUAAUUUCCCCUUAUAUUCUUUUUGUACUUACGUUUUCCCUGUUUGUUUAAAGAGAGGAAAUUACUGAUACUUUGCAUUUAGCUACAGUUUAACAAAUAUGGAGUUAUUAAAAACAGGCAUUGGUUAAAUUAUUGGGCUUGUGGGUAAUCCAUGGGUGAUUUGUUAUGUUCACAAUAGGCAGAUACCUUUAAUUAUUAAAAGGACGCAGAAAAUUGUAGUUUUGUGAUGUUUUCUAGAAAACGUGAACAAAAAAAGAAAAGUUGUUGUCCCUUAAAGUUAUGAAAUACUUAUUAGUAACAUAUAUGUACUAAUGAUUAAUCAUGAAUAAAAAAUAUGAAGAAAAACAAAACAGUCCAUGUGCUAACAUUAGUUACCACAAUGAAAGAGAGUGAUGGAAUAAUAUUUAUCUUUGUUAAAAUGAAUCUAUCUAUGAUUAUUUGGAAUAACAUUUCAUGACAGUCCUUUUGAAUCAAAGUUUAGCUUUAGGAAACUAAGUUAAUAGACACUGUUGAUGUAAAUGCUACAAGAUUAAAGUGUUUUUUUUUCAAUUGAGAUCAUAAAAACCACAAAUUUAGUCCAAAAUAAAUGAAAGAGAUGAGGGAUUUUACAGAAGAAAAUACAUUGAGACUCAUAGAUUGAAAAAAAAUGGUAUAAGAACUGAGUUGGUUAGUAUCCUUAUCAUCUUUUUUAUGUGUUACAAAAAAAUUGUGACAAUAUUGCAGUGUAAUACAAGUGAUUUUUAAGUUUAAUGUUUGGGCUGUACAUUUUAGUACAAGGUUUCAAUCCCUUACUGACUACAUUUGUAAAGUGGCAUUAACACAAACUCGUAAUACUGAUUCAUCAACCUCAUGCCCUUGUCCCAGUGGCCAGGCCAUCCCUCCAGUGGAGUACACAGAGGACGAGAGGGUCACAUGGGGCAAAGUGUUCAAGGAGCUGAAAACCCUGUACCCGACCCACGCCUGCCGCGAGCACAACCGUGUUUUCCCUCUGCUGGAGAAAUACUGCGGCUACAGGCAGGACAACAUCCCUCAGCUGGAGGACGUCUCCCGCUUCCUGCAGUGUAAGACCUGAUGUAGCCUGGUGAUAUAAUCCAUUAUGUCAUUUAGGUCAAGUUCAGAGACACAACAACUGUCACUCAUAACUCUAAUGGCUCAUUUUCAUUUUUAUGUAAUGUUCUGUUAAUUCUGUUUUGCCCCAAAAAGCUAAAAAAAAAUCGCUUUCAAUACAGUUUCACUUGAUUGGGUCACUCCUCAUAAUCAAUGGGGUUAAAGGUUCAACAAGAAAUAAAGAAACAACUUGCUUUUCAAAGGAUAUUAGAAACAUAGUGGGUGUGUAGUAAAAGCUGACACAGAAGGAAGGUUAAACCCACAAUGGGUAUCCAAAAUAUUCACAUCACUCUUAUAGGUGGGCUUUGUGGUGAAGACAGGUUGUCCAUUUGUAGUAUCAGAUCGUAUAAAUAAAAGUGGAAACCCAGUAUUGUCAGUAUACCUGUUCACACUCCCCCCUUCCUUUCACUCCCUCUUCUCUUUACUAAGCCCUCUUAUUCAGCAAAGACAAACACUCACCCCUUCAUCGCUCCGUCUCUUCCCUGCAGCGUGCACAGGUUUCCGUCUUCGCCCCGUCGCCGGCCUGCUCUCGUCUCGAGACUUCCUGGCUGGACUGGCCUUCCGUGUUUUCCAUUCCACGCAGUACAUUCGUCACGGCUCCAAGCCGACCUACACACCUGAGCCGUGAGUGUCUGAACUCAGUCAAUAAACAGAACAAAAAUGUAUUAGUACUGUGGUGUUAAAGAGUCACUUCAAUUUUCUGAUGCAGUGAUAUCUGCCAUGAGCUUCUGGGACACGUUCCUCUGUUUGCUGACCCCAGCUUUGCCCAGUUCUCACAGGUACAUGAAAUAUUUUCCUAUUCUAAAAUCAGAGAUUGAAAAACUGUGAAAGAUAAAUAUUUUGUAACCUUUCAUUUCCACUGUGCAGGAGAUCGGUCUCGCCUCCCUUGGUGCCCCUGAUGAGUACAUUGAGAAACUUGCAACUGUGAGUAAAAAUAAUCAGGAAUUAUGCAAUCACCAAGAGAAACCUUCUUACAAUGGUACAUCUAAAACAGCUUAUGCUAAACUUUCAGAUUGGGAAUAAACCAUGUUUGUGUCCUCAGGUGUACUGGUUCACCGUGGAGUUCGGCCUGUGUAAGCAGGGCUCAGAAAUCAAAGCGUACGGCGCUGGCUUGCUUUCAUCAUUUGGGGAGCUGCAGGUAAGAAAGGGUGAUGGAGGAUUAUUACAUCUGUCUGCAAACAUGGACCCCCACAGCACCACGACAAACACUUAGACUCCCUGUCUGUCAUUACAUCACAUUCACCUUAUUGCUGAACAGUGGCGGUGCAGGCAGUGGGUUAGUGGUCCACUCAGUAUCAGGUUUAAUGUGUCACUAGGGGAGUCAGCCUGCCUGGACCCCCCUGCAGAGUUCGGGUAAAGUGGUUCAGUGGGUAAGUCUGGGCAGAGCGAGGAUGAGCAGCGAGCUAUCGAGGUCACAGUUACAUCAGGAGAGGAUGUGCACUCUGCCAGGUCACAUCAGCAGAAAAGAACAUCCCUGAAUCAUGCUGCACUUCCUGUUUACCAAUGGGGACAGAGAGACUCAUUGAGAAAACCCAUACAGCAGAAACAAUGGAUUAAAUGAGUCACAUUUACUCUGUUGUUUCUUUCAGUACUGCUUGACAGAGCAGCCCAAAGUCCUGCCCUUUGAUCCGGACAAGACGAGCCUCCAGAAAUACCCAAUCACGGAGUACCAGCCAGUUUACUUUGUGGCUGAGAGCUUUGAGGACGCCAAGGAGAGAGUGAGGUAAGGAAAUACAGCAGAAACAAAGACACAGGCGAAAAGUGAAUCAACGUUAAUCAUUGUGCAACGUUAAUGUCCGACUGUGUUUGCAGAAAAUUCGCAAACACCAUCCCAAGGCCUUUCACGGUGCGCUAUAACCCUUACACCCAGAGCGUUGAAGUGCUGGACAACACCCAGCAGCUCAGCAACCUGGCCGACAGCAUCAGUAGUAUGUGCCACACAUUCUUCAUACAGUUAUCUCUUAUCUGUGUGUUUUGUUGUUGACAACCUCCAAAUCGAAAUAAAGUUGCAUUUAUUCUGAAUACUCUCUUUCUUGUUUCAGGUGAAAUGGGGAAAUUGUGUGAGGCCUUAAAGAAACUGGAGUAACUGGAGUUCGAUCACAUGAGCAUGCUUUUAAAUUAGCUCUCCUUUUUAUUAACACAAUUAUGCAAGUCAGAUAAUGACAAUGAUACUGUAAUCAAACAAGUAUUUUAGUGUAGGGAAAACAUUGUAGUCUGUUACUCAUGUAGGACAAUAAGACACACGAGUCUGUAGCAGCUAGAAAUGUUAUGUUGAUAUUAUUACAGUAGAGGUGUUAUUACGAGACCUGUUUUUCAAAAUAAGAGCGUUUGUCAAUCUUUUUUAUCAGUACAAAUCUAAAACCAAGUAUGUGAAUAUAAGCAGACUUUUUUUUAAGUACAUUUCAAACCUUAAAGCCAUAAAGAAAUCAUUUCUGUCACUAACUUUCAUAUAGCUCAAUGAAAUGUUUUGUAUGUGCAUGUAAUGUUGUAAUAAAGCAAUAAGAUUUGUCCUGCCUCUG